GAGAGAGAAGAGAGAGGGAUACAGAAAGAGAAAGAGGGGACGCUGUUGAUCCAUUCGGCCGCAGGGAGUCUAACUGUGUUUUUUUUUUCUUUUUACUUCAGUUGUCGUCAUUAACUGGAAUUAAGGACUAUUUCUGUGGCAAAGAGGAGAGGACAAGGUGUCCGACAUUUUUUUUAAAAAAGCUUCCAAAAAUCGUCCUCUCAUUUUCCCUCCUCUUAUUUUCUUCGCAUCCCUCCCCCCUCCUCCUCCUCCUCUUCCUCCUCUUCCAUCUCUUCUUCUUUAAAGGGAGCCGCUGCACGCGCUGCAGGGUGCCUUCCACCGCCUGUUAUUUUUGUUUUUUUUUUGUUUUCUGACUGCUCACGAGCCUCUGCCCCUCUGCCCGCGAGCACAGAGCGCGCGGCCCCCCCCGGAGGGAGCUGUCCGGUGCUGAAGUUGCAUUUCUCAGCCUCUCUCUCUCUCUCUGCAAGAGGACUAAAGCAGGGAGGACAGUCAGAGAGACAGAAAGAAAUAAGAAGUAAAGCGCUGGUUGAACUGUUUUACCGGCUCACGGUUUGCGCUUCCCUUAAAAAAAAGGAAAAAUCUCAAGACAAUCUUCCUCCGGUUCUCCUGUCUUGUUGGUGUGUAACGGACGAGUCAGCACGCUGGCCAGGCCGUCGGCAAACGGCUGUGUUUGUGAGUGUGUGUCGUUGUGUUUGUGAGUGUGUGUGUGUGUGUGUGUGUGUGUGUGUGUGUGUGUGUGUGUGUGUGUGCGUGCGUGUGUGUGUCGCACCACCAUGCCAAGGUCUUUCCUGGUGAAAAAGGUGAAACUGGAUGAUCUCUCCAACGGAGCGGAUUUGGAGAACGUCUACCGGCACCGGACAGACCUCAGCCUGCGGCUCCAUGACAAAGCUGGUUACAUCAGUGACUACAUCAGCCCUGUUGUGUACGAUGGCGAGAGUGACGGUGGGAUCAAGAUACCCUCCCCCGACCCCCUCUACGAUGGCAUCCACAGUGACUACGGGGCCCCUGACUCUGAGUCUCCGGACAGUCCCGGCUCAGAAAUCACUGACGGCUACAUCAACGGAGAUGCUGCUGUGAGCGAGGGUUACACAGUCGACGCCUUCUUCAUCACCGAUGGCCGCUCGAGGAGGAAAGCUAUCAGCAGUCCCAGGACCAUCCAGAGGCACACCUGCAACGAGUGCGGCAAAACCUACGCCACGUCUUCCAACCUGAGCCGGCACAAACAGACACACCGCUCGCUGGACAGUAAGCUGGCAAAGAAAUGUCCAACCUGCGGUAAGGUGUACGUUUCCAUGCCCGCCAUGGCCAUGCACCUGCUCACUCACGACCUCAAGCACAAGUGUGACGUGUGUGGGAAAGCGUUCAGUCGCCCCUGGCUUUUACAGGGCCACAUGCGCUCUCACACAGGCGAGAAGCCGUUUGGAUGCGCCCACUGCGGGAAGGCCUUCGCUGACCGCUCGAACCUGCGCGCUCACAUGCAGACCCACUCGGCCUUCAAGCACUUCAAGUGUAAACGCUGCAACAAGACCUUCGCGCUCAAGAGUUACCUGAACAAGCACUACGAGUCUGCCUGUUUCAAAGGCCCCUUCUCUCCUCUCGGCCCCCUAGAUGCAUGACCCCCUGCAUAGAUAAAACAACGGACAAAACUGCAGACAUAAAUUACCAUAAUCCUACACACUGAACUGAACUGCAGACACAAACUAUCUAUUUUUGGUCAGAAUAUGACCUUGCUUUCCCUCCCCCCCCUUCUAUCACUUUCCCCACACCUUGCUUUCCUUGGAGCCUAUUCAUGAUGAUGAAGAUAGCACAAUUUUUUCUCCUUGAGAUUUGCCCACUUAAGGAUUUAACUGAUCUACGCAUGCACUUCCUCAAAAACUCUUCACCUCCUCUUCCUCCGUCUGUUCUGGAUGGAGACAAUAAUACUAACACGGCUUCCUUCUGGCAUCUAGAUACAGUAUGGCAUCAUAUAUUUUGGGACACUGAUGAUGAUGAGGAUGACGACAAAGACAAUACUAAGCCUAUAGCUAUUGGGUUCCUCCCUGCACUGAAAUGCAGUGAAAGAGUUUUCCCUUCUGAUUUUCUUUUUUGGGGAAUUAUAGUAAUAAUAAUAGUAAUAAUACUGAUAAUAAUAAUGUUUUGCUGCACCAAGUGACCAUAUUCUCUCCACUAAUGAGGUAAAAAAAUACUAUUUAUUUAUUUAUUUACUUAUUUAUUUUAACAUUUUUUUUUCUUUUUUAUUUAUUGUAUGUUUAUACUUGAUUUGAUAACAAUGAAGUUAACUUAUUUGUUGCACUUUAAUUUCUGUAUGUAUGUAGGAUAUUUGCCAACCUCUUUCUAUCACUA